AGCUCCUCCCCUUGCACCUGCGCCCUAUAAAUACAUGAUCAUGGCACAAACCAUCCCCACACACAAACUUACAUUUUUCUCUGAUAAUUUCUUCUCAGUGCCACAUUCCAUCUCUUUCCAAAUCGAAAAAGCAACCAUGAUGAGCUCCAAGAAACUAGCUCAACUUUCCAAGAAGUGGCAGGGAAUCAGUGCUAUCGGGCGAAGAAGGGUCGCAACAACAGAAAAGGAUAUCAACCCAUCCUGCAGCUCAGUUGCAGGCAAGGGCCACUUCGUGGUCUACUCUUCCGAUGGGAGGCGGUUUGAGAUCCCCUUAGCGUGCCUCCGCACGACGGUCUUCGAGGAGCUCCUGAGGAUGUCCCAGGAGGAGUUUGGGUUCACAAGUGAUGGGCGGAUCACACUGCCUUGUGAUACAACAAUGAUGGAGUAUGUGAUGUGUUUGCUUAGGAGAGAGGCCUCAGAAGAUGUUGAGAGGGCACUCCUCAGUUCCAUAACAAUGACUUGCCAGCACCCAAGCAGAAUGAUGCAACCACCCAGUGAACUUAACCAGCAAUUUGCUGUGUGGAGCUCCUGAGUCCUUCAGCUUCUUCCCUUUUUUUACCUUCCAUCUUUUUUUUUCCCGACUGUACUUUUGGAGCACACUCUUGUGCUACGUUUUUCCAAGGGUAUCUAAUCGUGGAUGCACAGAUGGAUGCAUGUAAAAAUAAUCACAUUGUGAUUAAAAAAAGAAGGAAGCAAGCUUAUGCCCGUUAUGCGGUUUGCACUGUAUUAGAGAUGCAACCAGAGAUCCAGUUUCAAUAAGAAGUGUGGCGAUGAAAUUCACAUGCUGAA